AUGUUGGAUGGAAAACAUAUUUCCCUGCAAGACCAGGCAAAAGAUGUGAUGCACAAUGAGCAGGAAAUGAACAACGCUCCUGCCGACCUCGUGAAAAAAGUCAUGAGUUGUAAAACUUACAGAGAUGCUUUUAAAAAAUUCCUGAAAUACACUCCCGAAGAGCAGGAUGUAAGUAUCAGUCACAUUGUAUCAGCGAUAACCUAUUACUAUGCCGGGUUUAGUCAAUACACGGCGCCAUUCGAUGAUGCAAUGAAUAACAGGCAUACCUUGACUUCGGAAGAAAAAAAUGGAUUCAAUCUUUUUAUGAGCAAGGCACAAUGCGGUACUUGUCACUUCGUGCCGUUGUUUAAUGGCGUGAAACCUCCUUAUAUCGGUUCGGAGUUCGAAGUAAUUGGUGUACCUACUGACACGACUUUCCGACAGCUUAGCCCGGAUAAGGGCAGGUACCUGGUAAACCCGGCUCCUGAAACCAUGAAUGCGUUUCGAACCGGAACUGUCUAUGGUAUAGAUAACCUUUACGUUGAUAAUGAAAUAUACCAGACACCGUUACAUGGAGAUGGCUUUACACCGAUAGGUUCAGCCAGCAGCACACAAGGUAAAUACAAACGAUACACAUGGUCAAAUACAUUGCAGUUUGAUUACAGCUUCAACAACGUACACAAUGUUAGUAUCCUGGCAGGGCAGGAACAGGACAGAAGAACCUCAAUCGGUUUUGGUAUCAACCGCACACAGGUUUUAGAUCCGGUGUACACUGUAAUUCAGGCUGGCUGGGGAAUAAAUAACUCGAGUGGAUCUGCAUAUGGCGAGAACUACCUGACAUCAGAAUUUGGUCGUGUCAACUAUGAUUACAAGAAAAAAUACUUGUUGAGCGCUAACCUGCGCCAGGAUAAAUAUUCUGCAUUGUUAGGAAAGAGGGAAGUAUUCUGGGGUGCAUCAGUAGGUUGGGAAAUAACCAAAGAAAACUUCUGGUCAUCAGCGAACCUCGACCGCAUCUUCAGCAGCUUUAAAGUACGCGGUAGCUAUGGUAAAGUAGGUAAUACAGGGGGCAUUAAUGACUAUGCUACAUACUCAACUUAUGGAUCAGGAUUAUAUGGUGGCCAGGGUACACUGAUCUUCAACCAGGCAGGUAACCCGAAUUUGCAAUGGGAAACGAGCAAAAAACUGGACUUAGGUCUGGGAUUCGGAUUAUUUAAAGAAAGAUUGACAUUCGACUUUGCUUACUAUAAGAAUGACAUCAGUGAUUUGAUCCUGAAUGUACCGCAGUCGCCAUCAGCAGGUCUUCCCUCUACUGUUCCGCAGAACGUAGGUACGAUGUACAACAAGGGUGUUGAGCUUGCUAUCACAGGUAUUCCUAUCAGGACCAAAGAUUUUAGCUGGACUUCAACGCUCAACUUCUCUAAUAACAAAAAUGAAGUAACCUCAUUAGCUCCGGGCCUGGUCGAAGUGCUGGGAAGUACGUCUAGUCUCGAAACAGUAAGCCGCACCGCGGUAGGUUAUCCUGUUGGAUACCUCUGGGUAGUGAGGUCUGGUGGUGUUGAUCCUGCCAGUGGUCGUAGAAUUUUAUACAAUAAAGCCGGUACUCCUAUUCUUUACCAGUUUUUUGCACCUGCUGGUCAGUUCAACUAUACCAAUCCUGACGGCACACGUUAUAACAAACCUGAUGGAUCAGCCAAUACGGUUAACCAGGCUGCUGAUGGUGUAAUGUAUGCUAACCCGAUUCCUAAACAAAUCGGCGGUUGGGAUAACACCUUCCGGUGGAAAGAUUUUGAG